AUGAGUCUACCUUUCGAGGGCACCGUCUACCAAUGCGGUCUCGCUCACCCAAAUAUCCCCUACACGAUCUAUGUCCACGAUUACUAUCUCCUUCUUGUGCCGCGCCAGGUCAACGAUACUCACAAGGAAUUUCCCAACGUUCCAUUCCAGGGUCUGAGGCGGGUCACGUUGCAAGUCUCAGACUUCAUGGCCAAUGAGUACCAGGAUAAGUAUAAGCGGGCUCCCAAGUUUACUCAUCAGCUUGUAGCCUUCGCUUAUGAGGAUGAGGAAGGCGUUGUCGUUGCGGCGUGGCUCGAGGGAAGCGAAAACAUCGCUUAUUGGGAUUUCCGGAGCAUCCUAAGUGGAGACAAGACUUUGAUCAGAUCGCAUUUCACAGAUGAAUGUUCGGAUCCCGAGGAUAGCUUUCGUAUCAUGCAGUACGAUUUGGCAGAGGCAGCCUGA